AUGGGUUCCGUCGAUAAGGAGGUUGAAGAAGCGCUUUUAGAAGCGGGUCAAAACCUUCUAGAUCCUCCUUCUUCCAUCGACGAGUUAAUAACUCUUUUAGACAAAAUUGAAAGUUGCCUAUCAAAGGUUGAGCAGUCACCUUCUGAAUCUAUGCAUAAUGCGCUCUCUCCAGCAUUGAAAGCAUUAAUUGCUGAUAAACUUUUAAAGCAUUCAGAUGUUGAUGUCAAAGUUGCACUUGCCUCCUGCUUCAGCGAGAUAACAAGAAUCACUGCACCUGAAGCUCCAUAUGAUGAUGACCAAAUGAAGGAGGUCUUUAGAUUAAUUGUAUCUUCAUUUGAAAAUCUACAUGAUAAGUCAAGCCGAUGGCACUUGAAGAGGACUUUAAUCCUUGAAACUGUUGCAAAAGUCAGGUCAUGUGUGGUAAUGCUGGAUCUUGAAUGUGAUGCACUCAUUUUGGAGAUGUUUCAGCAUUUCUUGAAGACAAUAAGGGAACAUCACCCUGAUAAUGUUUUCUCGUCCAUGGAAACCAUAAUGGUCCUCUGUCUUGAGGAAAGUGAAGAUAUAUCUCUUGACUUACUCUCUCCAAUCUUGGAGAGUGUGAAGAAAGACAAUGAGGAAGCUUUGCCAAUUGCUCGAAAGUUGGGGGAAAGAGUUCUUGAAAGUUGUGCAACAAGGCUUAAACCCUAUUUAAUGCAAGCUGUGAAUACCUUGGGUAUUUCUUUGGAUGAUUAUAGUGAUGUUCUUGCCUCAUUAUGCAAUGAUUCAUCAGAUAACUCAGCGCAGAAUGAUGUUCAUGAUUGCAAAUCAGCUGAAGAGCCUGUGGAGGAAUCGGCACAGGUGGAUAGCGAGAUUACAAAAGAAGCCACACCACCACCACAACAAGAUAAUGAUGCUGAUGGGGACAGGUCUCCUAAGUCUGUCAUGAGCAAUGGCAUUACACAAGCCGGAGAAGAUGAUACUUUAGUAGAAUCAAAGCCUCUUAAGGAGCAGGAUGGUACUGACUCUCCUGUUCUGUCCAAAGGUAAUAAUUUGUCAGUUAAUGAGGAGCGCAAUGAUUUGGACACUGAAAUAAUUGACAGUAAAGAACAAAAGCUGGAGCGCAGUACCAAGAGGAAAGGAAAGAAAGCCAGCUCUUCAAAGUCGACCAAGUCUUCUAAGAGAUCAAAUGUUGUUAGUGAGAAGGAAGCCGAGAAAACAUUUGACUCUGUAAGUCCCAGCAAAGAAACUCCUAGUUCUCUUAAUGAUAAUGGUGUUGUAGAGGCUACAGGAACGUCAGAGAAUGACAAAGAGAUUAAAGUUACAAUUUCAUCACCGAAAGUAGGUGACGUCGAAUCUGAUGCCGUUGUUUCUCAUUCACCAAGUGAGAGCAAUCAUGACGAGAAUCGCUCUAAGAAACGUGUACGAACAAAAAAGAAAGAUAGCUCUGUGAAGGAAGUGACUGCAGGACAUAUUUCGAAAAAGGUGUCUGAAGGAACAUGUGAUUCUGAAGUAAAAUCAGCAAAACCAUCAGCAAAAAAGGGACUUGAUCGUAGCUCUGAUGUGAAAGUAACUACUGUUGUUGAUGCAGUUAAAAAGGGUAGUGGAAAAUCAGAAGAAAGAACCAAGGGUGAUGGUGGGUCAUCUUUGCGGAAGCUGGAGGACAAGAAAAAGAAGGGACAUGUGAAAGGUAGUUCUGAAAAGGGUUUAGCAAAAUCUUCCUCUAAAGAUGAGGAUAAGAUAAUGGUAUCUUCACUUAAGUCAGCUGCGAAAACAACCAAAGAUGAACACUCAGAGGAGACUCCUAAGACAAAUUUGAAAAGGAAGCGCACUCCAGGAAAAGAAAAAGUGUCUGGUAUCAAGAAAAAUGAUCAAAAACUUGUUGGAAAACGGGUUAAAGUUUUGUGGCCAGAAGAUGAUAUGUUUUAUGAAGGUGUUGUUCAUUCUUUCGAUUCUUCCAGUAAGAAGCACAAGGUCUUAUAUGAUGACGGUGAUGAGGAAAUAUUGAAUUUGGAUGAGGAGAAAUGGGAAAUUGUUGAAGCUGAUACUGAUCCAGAUGUGGAAGAAGGAAGUCACCAUGCAAGUCCUGAUCCUUCUACUGAUAUGCCCCUUAAAAAGAAAGGGAAAACAAAUGCUGGUGAAUCAAAAAAGGAAGGAAAGAACUCUUCUAAAAGUAGCGGAGGAGCACCAUCAAGUAAAUCAAAGACGCCAUCCAACAAGUCUACCCAAAAAUCCAAGACUGUUGGCAAGUCUGACGGUGAAGUUAGUAAAAAAUCUAAGGAUUCUGCACAAAAAACUGGUGAUAAAUUUGAGGAUCGUUAUGUGAAAAGUGGUGGUCAAUCUGAGGAACGUUCUGUGAAAAGUGGUGGUAAGUCUAUUGAUUCUACACAAAAGAACAAUUCCAAGAAGACCGAUGGUUCCAAGAUAAAGAAAUCCAAAGAUGAUGAUGUUGACACACCAAAGCCUUCUGGUUCCAAGAUAAAGAAAUCCAAAGAUGAUGAUGUUGACACACUAAAGCCUUCCGCUAAUUCUAAGCAAGAAACUGUGAAAACUGGAAAAUCCAAGCAAGGAACAUCUAAGACUGUAGAAGAUGAUGAUGUUGACACCCCAAUGCCUUCUGCCAAUUCUAAGCAAGAGACAGUGAAAACUGGAAAAUCUAAGCACGGAACAUCUAAGAUUGCAUCUUCCUCCAAGCCAAAAUCCACCAAAACUACUGGCAAGGUGAAAUUUAAUUUGACAGAAGAUUCAGAAAAUGAGAACUCUGAAGACUCAACAAAAGAGGUUGAAGAUAUGAAGGUCAAGACACCUAGUUCGUUAAAGGCUGGAAGUGUGAUCAAGAGCGGAAAGAAACGGGCAAGAAACUAG